UUUGGGGGCAGGAUAUCUUUUUAGUGACUGAUUUUUAUCUCUUAUAUCUGGCAACCCCGCAUCUCAGUCGCAGCUGCUGGUCUGUAAUUCUGCCUCAAAAGUUAACAAACCUUUACGGUUUUCGGGAGUUUCUUUUAUUCCUAAACCUCGAUCCACACUUUAGGACCAAGGAUUGGGUAAACGAGGAGUAAAAUGGAGGUUUUAUCACCGCCAAGGAGAGAAUGUGCAGCCGUGGAGCAGUCCCAGAGCAGUCUCCCAGCAUUCCUUCCUCAACUCUCAACUGUCCCAAGAUCUCACCAUGAACAUCAGUAGAAACUGCAGUGCAGCAGGGAAUGGUGAGGGUCUUGCGGCCCUGGAGUCAGUCUCCAUUGUCACCAUCACACUGCUGGCCUGCCUCGGGAACCUCCUGAUUGUAGUCACCCUCUACCGCAAACCUUACCUGCUCACCCCUAGUAACAAGUUUGUGUUCAGCCUGACUCUGUCCAACCUGCUGCUUUCCACGCUGGUGCUACCCUUCGUGGCUGUCAGCUCAGCUAAGAGGGAAUGGGUGUUUGGGGUAGUGUGGUGCAACUUCACCGCCCUGCUCUAUCUGCUCAUCAGCUCAGCUAGCAUGCUCACACUGGGUGCCAUUGCCAUUGACAGGUACUACGCAGUGCUAUACCCGAUGAUCUACCCCAUGAAGAUCACAGGAAACCGGGCAGUGGUGGUCAUCACGUACGUUUGGCUGCACUCCCUGGUGGGCUGCCUGCCCCCUCUCUUUGGCUGGUCCUCCUUUGAGUUCGACUGCUUUAAAUGGACUUGCGUCGCAUCAUGGCACAGAGAGCCGAGCUACACUUUCUUCUGGGUUACCUGGUGCAUCCUCCUACCCUUAGUCAUCAUGCUGGUCUGUUAUGGAGUCAUUUUCCGCGUAGCCCGCAUGAAAGCACGGAAAGUGCAUUGUGGUACAGUGGUUGUAAAUCAGGACGAAUCCAACGGUACUCAGAAGAACGGGCGUAAGAACUCAAGCACGUCGCUGUCCUCAACUGGAAGCAGACGAAGCCUGGUGUACGCAGGGAGUCAGUGCAAAGCCUUUGUCACCAUCUUAGUGGUGAUAGGGACGUUCCUGGUGACCUGGGGUCCAUACGUAGGGGUUGUGUGCACUGAGGCUCUAUGGGGACCAGGAAGUGUCUCUCAGGCUCUGGAGACUUUGGUAGCGUGGCUUUCUUUUUGCAGUGCUGUCUGUCACCCACUCAUCUAUGGUCUAUGGAAUAAAACAGUAAGGAAGGAGCUGCUGGGGAUGUGCUUUGGGGAUCGGUACUACAGAGAGUCGUUUGCCACUAGACACAGGACGACUAGACUCUUCAGCAUCUCAAACAGAAUCACAGAUCUGGGUAUGUCUCCACACCUGACUGCCAUAUUGGCUGGAGGAGGACAUCUGCUGGCUCCUGGGAGUAGUACAGGAGAUACUGGCUUCAGUUUCACCCAGGAUUCCGGCACAGACGUGAUGCUGUUGGAUAACUUCUCCACUGACAGCUCCUCACACCCACAACAUCACUGGAACCUGUCUGGGAAAAGGAGGAGCUCCGUCACCUUUGAGGACCAAGUGGAGCAUUCCAAAGUUGAGAACACCAAUUCUUCCUCAGUGCAGGUCCACGCAGAGGUGCACAAAUCCCUCGACACGUUUGCCUCCUGUCUGGCAAAGGCAAUAGAAAGCGACGCCAAGCUGACCAUGUUUGGAGAGGAGAUGACUCUGCCAGGGGUCUUUGUGCCCAAAGCAGCAGCAACAAGACCCAGAUACCUGGACGGUCAGAGACUCAGGCUGGAAAGCAUAGAUGAAGGGAUUGUGAAAGACGACCAUCAUGAAGAGGAAGAAGAGCAGCAGGAGGAGAAAAAGGAGAAGGAGAAACCAAUCUGAACACAGAUAAUCUAGUGGUUAACUACACUGUGUUUAUUAUAACUGAACUGUUACUAAAUAGAGCUGUGGUACAGAGGAUGAAGUCCCAUCAUGCACGGGUACGCAAUACUUGAAAUGAAUCAGAAAAUAGGAAGUGGUACAGUAUUCUUUCCAACCAGUUGGACCAGUUUGUAUGGACUUAAUGUAUUUAAAUGGGAAGCCCUGCCUAACUACUGUAAAUUAUAUGAUCGUUGUAGUACAGUGUAUUUUACUGUGUUUUCGUUGUAUGUCCUCAGGUUUGGGAACAUCAUCAGGACAGUGGAACAGCUCCGUUCUGUCUGUGUCUGUUACAGCUGUAGUAUUUAUUUGGUCUUUCAUUCAUUAUCUUGUUCUUCUUCUACUUUGGUUGUGGUGGGAGUAGAGUGAUGGGGCAGGUUACAUCAGGGUCACAUACAGACAAAACCAUUCACACACACGUUCACACCACAGCAUCAGUGGGAGUCUCCAUUUGUGUGCACUAAAAAGGCAGGCAAUUUUUGCCUGAUCUGUGUCAGUUUUGACCCAAUCAGGUUCACUCAAGUAGUGAAAACCAAACUGGUUAAAACUAGUCUGCAGAUGCUAGUAGUUACUCAGAACAACAUUUUAUAAGUAUCAUGCAAGUCUUAAAGAAAGAAAAUUGUACAGUAGACUAAUGUUACACUUGUUUGCUGGUUAUGUGUCUUACCUCAUAUAUAUGUAUGUAUAUAAAUAUACAUACAUAUAUAGAUAUACACACGUUUAUAUAUGUACAUGUGUGUAUAUGUACACACACAUACAAAUAUAUAUAGUUUCUUGAUGAAAGGAAGACUGAACAUAUGUAAAAUGAACACAGCUUCAGUUUGGAGCUAAAGUCUUACCUCGUAUUUUCUCCUAUUUAAACAUUAAACAGGUACUUUUAAAAAAAAAAAAAAAACAAUGCUGUAUGCCUGACAGAUGAUGUAGCCCUCUGAUUUAUAUUAAGUUACAUUUAUUACCAAUAUUUGCAUUAAGGUUUUGUAUCAAGAAUAUGACAUUAAAAGUGUUGUGUUUUUCACAA